UGUUCAACUCAACGCCUUACCGUUGGUUUUAUUGGCCAGUUUCAGCUCUAUAAAUUUGGAAGAAUAAUCGUGGUUGGCUUAAGACGCCUUCAGUCAGCGUGUGUGGGCAGUGUCUCACUGGAAGGAAGUGACUGGAUGACAGCAUUUCUGUACCAUAAGAGCGUUUCACUAAGAACAGUGUUAUGAAGUGGCAAGAAUUAAUGCAAAAUACAGUGACAUUAGUCAGAGAUUUCGCCAGUUUAUACAGUAUAAACAUUGGCUGGAAUUAAAUCGACCAAGUCGUAUCAAUCGAAGAAAGGAUUUCCCCGCGGACGAAAACAGUCUGUAAAGGAGGUGGAGGGGCACUUUGCUAUUGUUCUGGCUAGCUUUCUAAGCGGCUAGUGUAUUCGUGAGUGCAUUUUUUGGCUAUAUGGCUACGAAUUUUGAACCAAUUUACGGACUUUCUGAAGACGAAAAUGAAUCCCGUGUUCUCCGUGUCAAGGUCAUCGCUGGUAUUGAUCUGGCCAAAAAAGACAUCAUCGGAGCCAGUGACCCCUACGUUAAGCUGUCCUUGUAUGUGGCAAGUGAAAACCGAGAGCUUGCAUUGGUUCAGACCAAAACCAUCAAAAAGACCCUGAACCCCAAAUGGAAUGAGGAGUUCUAUUUCAGAGUCUGCCCACAGAACCAUCGCUUGAUGCUCGAAGUGUUUGAUGAGAAUAGACUGACCAGAGAUGACUUUCUUGGACAAGUUGAUGUGCCUCUUAAUCAUUUACCGACAGAGGACCCGACAAUGGAGCGGCCAUACACGUUUAAAGACUUCCUUUUGCGUCCUCGAAGUCACAAAUCCCGGGUGAAAGGGUACCUACGUCUGAAGAUGGCCUAUCUGCCAAAAAAUGGAGGGCAGGAAGAAGAAAACAAUGAAAUGAGAGAAGAGGCAGAGGGUUGGGAAGACUCGACUGACCCAGGCUCCCAGCGUCCCCAACAGGUUCUGCCCCCACUACCCCCUGGAUGGGAAGAGAAGGUCGACAACUUGGGCCGUACCUACUAUGUCAACCAUAACAACCGCACUACGCAAUGGAAGAGGCCAACUCUUGUGGAUGUGGUGUCAGAGACCGAGAAUGACAACCAGUUGCGGCAGAUCAACCAAGAAGCCCAUCGAGUGUUCCGCUCACGCAGACACAUCAGUGAGGAUCUGGAGAACGAGCACCUAGAGCCCAGAGAGGCGGACGAUACAUGGGAAACAAUCACAGAGGAGCCUGUUGACUCUCUUAACCAGUCUCAGCCAGGCCCGUCCUUGGCCACGCCUGGUGGGCCGGAGUUCUCUGAGGAGAUCAGCCUCCGCCUGUCACUCACCCCGGACUCUAACGGGGAAAUGCCAGGGCCCAGCUCUGCUGUGCAGAGCCAUCUCUCCUCCAGACUACGUUCCUCCAGUAUGACUGAUGGGGUUAGCGAGCAGGCCCAGCCCCCCCCUCCAACGCAGUGUUCCCAGGCCAGGCGAGGCAGAGCUCAAACUGUCACAGGCGUUGAAGAGCCCAUGUCUCCAUCAGCGGCUUAUGCGCUGACCACCCCAGGCCUGCCCCCUGGCUGGGAGGAGCGGAAGGACGCCAAGGGACGCACCUACUACGUCAACCACAACAGCCGCACCACCACCUGGACCCGGCCAAUUGUGCAGCACACAGAAGACGGCACCAGCGGUUCGGCUGGAGCAGUGGCCAGCGGGGGGGCCACCCACACCGGCCACCCGGCCACCCCAGCCACGCCAGCAGGCGGGGCCAGUGGCGGCCACCUAAGCGAGCCCCAGUUGCGCCGGCCCAGGAGCCUCAGCUCCCCCACAGUGACCCUCUCCACCCCGCUGGAGGGGGCCAAUAACAUCCAGGCACGGCGAGCUGUGAAAGACACUGUCUCAAAUCCCCAGUCACCCCAGGCGUCCCUCAGCUCACCCAAGUCUCAGCACAAGACUCCCCAGAGUUUCCUACCACCAGGCUGGGAGAUGCGGAUAGCUCCCAAUGGACGGCCAUUCUUCAUUGAUCACAACAGCAGGAACACCACCUGGGAGGAUCCACGCCUGAAAUACCCUAUCCACAUGAGGACAAAAGCAUCUCUGGACCCUGGUGACCUGGGCCCGCUUCCACCUGGAUGGGAGGAGCGAAUCCAUGCUGAUGGAAGAACCUUCUACAUUGACCACAACACCAGAAAUACGCAGUGGGAGGACCCUCGGCUCCAGAGUCCCGCCAUCACAGGCCCUGCCGUGCCAUACUCGAGGGAGUUCAAACAGAAAUAUGACUACUUCAGGAAGAAGUUAAAGAAACCGGCGGAUAUCCCUAACCGCUUUGAGAUGAAGUUGCACAGAAACAACAUCUUUGAGGAGUCGUAUCGGCGCAUCAUGUCACUGAAGCGGCCGGACAUCCUGAAGGCGCGUCUUUGGAUCGAGUUUGAGUCUGAAAAGGGUCUGGACUAUGGUGGUGUGGCCCGUGAGUGGUUCUUCCUGCUCUCUAAGGAGAUGUUCAACCCCUACUACGGCCUCUUUGAGUAUUCCGCCACGGAUAACUACACCCUGCAGAUCAACCCCAACUCAGGUCUGUGUAACGAAGACCACCUGUCAUACUUUAAGUUCAUUGGACGUGUGGCAGGCAUGGCUGUGUACCAUGGGAAGCUUUUAGACGGCUUCUUCAUCCGACCAUUUUAUAAGAUGAUGCUGGGAAAACAGAUUACACUGAAGGAUAUGGAGUCUGUGGAUAGUGAAUACUACAACUCCCUCAAAUGGAUCCUUGAGAAUGAUCCAACUGAACUGGACUUGCGGUUUUGCAUUGAUGAAGACAACUUUGGCCAGACAUAUCAGGUUGACCUGAAACCCAGUGGCUCAGAUAUGGUUGUCACAAAUGACAACAAAAAGGAGUACAUUGAUCUUGUCAUCCAGUGGAGAUUUGUGAACCGGGUGCAGAAGCAGAUGAACGCCUUUCUGGAGGGUUUCACUGAACUCAUUAUUAUCGACCUUAUCAAGAUUUUUGAUGAGAAUGAGCUGGAGCUUCUGAUGUGCGGUCUGGGUGAUGUGGAUGUGAAUGACUGGAGGCAGCACACUGUCUACAAGAAUGGCUACUGCCCCAACCAUCCUGUCAUCCAGUGGUUCUGGAAGGCUGUGCUUCUGAUGGAUGCGGAGAAGAGGAUCCGUCUGCUACAGUUUGUCACUGGAACGUCCAGAGUGCCAAUGAACGGCUUUGCUGAGCUCUAUGGUUCAAAUGGGCCACAGCUCUUCACCAUAGAGCAGUGGGGGACGCCUGAUAAGCUGCCACGAGCUCACACCUGCUUCAAUCGACUGGACCUGCCUGCCUACGACACAUUUGAAGACUUGAGAGAGAAGCUGCUCAUGGCAGUAGAGAAUGCCCAAGGAUUUGAGGGGGUGGACUAAAAAGAGAGAUCACAACUGCCUGCCACUACAACUACAGACACAACACACACACACACACACACACACACACACACACACACACACACACACACACCAUGCUGCCAUUUUGCCGCAGGUGUAGCGGCGCAGACGUGCACGUUUAUGCAUGCAGGCGAGCUGCACCCGACCCUGAGACUGCUCAUAGUCUAGCAGUCAAGCAAAAGAGCAGUGCCCUUUAUGCUGGAGUUGGUGUCUGUCUCUCUGUCCUGCCUGCCUGCCUGUCUGUCUGGGCAGGCCAGAGUAGAGCGGUCAGGAGCGCAAGUCCCCUCUCCAUCUCGUUAAGACACGAGCCUCCGGUGCAUUUCUACUCUCCUCUUCUGCUGGAAAUGGGCAUGGCCCGAGUUUUUUGCAUUAUUUUAAUAAAAAAGCAAAAAAAAAAUGAAAACACAAAGACAAACUUGCAACUAUGACUUAAGCAGGUCUCACUCUACCAUAUUACCUUAGCAACACUAGCCAAGCACUGAUGAUGACAUGACCCAUGAUCAGAGUCCACUCUCCUCCCCAACAUGCCACGCUGUCCUGCCUCCUGGCUUUUUAAAUCUCCCUUUUGCAACGAAAGCUAUGAAGCAACAGGAUGGUCAUAAUCAUUUUUAUCGGAUUUUUAUCAUCCUUGUGGUUACUCGUAGGGAAUACUCAGAUGUGAUAUUUGUACCAAUAUGAUGUUUGCUCUUUUAGACAAUGUUUAUCUGUAGGCAUGAAUCAAGCCAACAGUGAAAAUCAUUGCAAGAAGGCCUCAAUUACAGAUUUAUCAUAGUGCUAUGAAACUGGCAUGAACAUGUUACUUGUGUUUGCUAUGAUUCCAUAGUAAUUUUUCUGUUUUUCUCCUGCUGGGAUGUACAAGAAGGGCUGUGGGGGAACCUAUAGGAAAUGUACAUUAGUGUGUGUUGGAGAAGGAGGGGAUGUCACAGCAGAUAUAUACAUAUUACUAUUAUUAUUAUUAUUAUUAUUAUUAUUAUUAUUAUUAUUAUUAUUAUUACUAUUAUUAUGAAGAUUAUGCUUAUCCAUGUCCAUAAUGCUGUAAAUUAAUUUCUUAACAAUUCUUUCUCAUCUGUAUGUACUACAUUAGAUGGAAGUAUUAAUGAACACAUGAACGAUUGAAGCUGUGCAAGAUGUGAUGUUGAAAGCCGCAGGCUUUUUGUUUUUUUCUUUUUCACUCUCGACAUCUUUUUUUUUCCCCCUUUCUUCUGACACACUAAACCAAAAGGGCACUUUAUAGAUCCCAUUCUUGAUCAUAUCGGCUGUCCUGCGUCUCUUAUUAACUUGAAUGAUUUUGUUUGUUUGUUGAUUUCUGCUCUUGAAAGCACUCAAUUACCUGGUGCAAUACCUAAUGUCUCUACAUCUGACUGCUGCUAACGUUUUAACACACAGUCAUGUCACCCAGACUUGGGCCCCUUCCACUUCUUUUCUAGAUUCUUCCUUCAGCCACUCACUAAACAUACAUGUGAUCUAGUAAAUUAAUGAUAUUAUUUACAUCUGUCCUCCUUUUUUCUUCUUUCUGUCUCAUUUUUAAAUGGGGUUCUUUUUUUUAUGAAUGGGGGAAUUAUCACUUAGUUUAAUUCCACAUCACCACAAGAUCCUGCAUUUCAUAAUACUUGGAACAAAUUAAAGUGAGACAUUGAACUCUGUAA